CAUUCAGUGGAGAGCAGACCACAGUCUUGAAACGUUCGUCGUAAGGUAAACAAUCGGGCGCGUCUCUGAUUUGUUGGUUCAACAGAAAACUUUGCGACUUUGCAAGUUGAUCCAGUGCCAAAUUAGUAUACUUGAAGAACCGAUUGAUUAUAAUUUCAUAAGUUUAUUGCAAAGUAAGAAGAAAGUAACCGUGUUUUAAACUAAACAAACGGCGUAUUUGCCACAACACUGUUGUUGACAGUGUAUGGUAGAACGAACUUAAAAGAAGAUUGUUUAUAAAUAGAUUAGUGCAGUCUGAGUUGGCGAAUUUUCGUCGAAAGUCAAGUUACUCAUCGGCUGUUUAGUGCACGAUAUAGAACGUAACGAGUUCUGCAGUGAGGUGUGAAUUGUGUUCAUUGUCACUCACAGAAACAGAUGUUUUUGUUUACAUCCCAGUGAUAAGAUUGACAAGCGCUCCAUUAGCCAAUCAUAACGCAGUUAUUGCGUUGUUGUGUUGAUUGGGUUGAUAUCUACAAAGAAAGUAGACUCAAGCUUGAAGAAGUGUUGUAAAGGUCAUCUUUGCUGUUGCUGUAAUAAGUUUACGCUUGAGGAAGGUCGCGUAUCCCGUCGCGUGCGUCGUGCGCGUCGUUCGUAAAGUCGUCGCCGUCGCGGUUCGUCAACCGGUUAUCCUUGAGGUCGCUCCUUAAAAGGACUUACGCGUUCGUAAACUUCCUCAAACCAUCGAAGAAUGUCGUUCUUCAACCAAAACUACAACUAUCCUCGCAACUAUAAUGCCAACGGGGCCGGCUGGGUCAACCCGGCCGCCUUUGGUCAAUCGCCAAUCGUCCAGAUGCCAACGCCGGAGUCGUCCGGCUACUCCAGUGCGAACCCCUCGAUCUCCAGCCAAUCGUACGGGUAUGGCUUCGCACCGGGAGUUAUGAACGCGCCCGCGGCACCUGCCUAUCCGGCAGCUCCGGCCCUGCCCUAUCCGACGAUGGGCUUCGGGAUGCCCAUGCCAGGUGGUCCGAGUCCCGGCGGUUACGGAGCUCCCACGAUGCCGGCCAUGCCGAUGCCCAUGCCGGGAGCGUCGUACGGAGGUGGACCGAGCUUUGGAAGUGCCUCGGAAGAUCCCGCGCAGUUACAGGAAUUACCGUUCCAGGCGGUUUCCGUUCCGAUCGCCGAGGGGAUGUUUAGCAGUCUCGGCGAGAGGGGCAGUGGCUUCCGGUCGCAAACCGACGUCCAGGACUACUAUGUGCUGCGCAACCAGUGCCUUGAGAGCGGGUCGCUCUUCGAGGAUCCGGAAUUUCCGGCGACCUCGUCCUCGCUGAUGUUCUCGCGCCGUCCCGACCGCCACUACGAGUGGCUCCGUCCGCACGAGAUCAGCGAAGCGCCGGAGUUCUUUGUCGAGGGCUUUUCCCGGUUCGACGUGCAGCAGGGUGAGCUCGGGGAUUGCUGGCUGUUGGCGGCUUGUGCCAACUUGACCCAGGACCAGAAGAUGUUCUUGCGGGUGGUGCCGGAGGAUAACAGCUUUGAGGACGAUUACGCGGGGAUCUUUCACUUCCGGUUUUGGCAGUACGGCCGCUGGGUGGAUGUGGUAAUUGACGACCGGCUGCCGACCUAUCGGGGGGAGCUGAUUUAUAUGCGGUCGUCGGAGAAGAAUGAAUUCUGGAGUGCGUUGCUGGAGAAGGCGUACGCCAAGUUGCAUGGAUCUUAUGAAGCGUUGAAGGGAGGCACCACCUGCGAGGCGAUGGAGGACUUUACCGGGGGUGUUACGGAGAUGUACGACCUGAAGGAUCAAACGCCACCGAAUCUGUUCCAGAUCUGCGAGAAGGGAUUCCAGCGCAACUCGAUGUUUGCGUGCAGUAUUGAGCCCGACCCCAACGUAACGGAGGCCGAAACCCGCGAAGGUCUGAUCCGAGGCCACGCGUACUCCAUCACCAAGAUCCAGCUGGCGGACAUCGUAACGCCCACCCAGUCGGGCAAGAUCCCGCUGAUCCGACUGCGCAACCCGUGGGGCAACGAAGCGGAGUGGAACGGAGCCUGGAGCGAUCAGUCGGCCGAGUGGCGCUUCAUUCCGGACGAACAGAAGGAAGAACUGGGGCUGAGCUUUGACAACGAUGGCGAGUUCUGGAUGUCGUACCGAGACUUUUGCAAGUACUUUGACCGCAUUGAGAUCUGCAACUUGAGCCCGGACUCGCUGAGCGAGGAGCAAGCGAACCGCGGCAAACUCCGCUGGGAAAUGUCCACCUUCGAGGGCGAAUGGGCGGUUGGAUCGACGGCCGGCGGUUGCCGUAACUAUCUGAACACAUUCUGGCACAACCCACAGUACGUGAUCCACCUGGAAGACCCCGAUGAGGACGAUGACGAGGGCAAGUGUACGGUGAUUAUCGCCCUAAUGCAGAAGAAUCGUCGCUCGCGUCGCAACAUGGGCGUGGAUUGCCUCACGAUUGGCUUUGCCGUGUACCGGGUGACGGAGCGGGAUCUGGCCCAGAAGCCGCUGAAGAUGAACUUCUUCAAGUAUAACGCGUCGGUUGCGCGGUCGCCGUCGUUUAUCAACCUGCGUGAGGUGAGCUGCCGGUUCAAGUUGCCUCCGGGAGAUUACUUGAUUGUGCCGUCGACGUUCGAGCCGAACGAGGAGGGAGAGUUCCUGAUUCGGGUGUUCUCCGAGUGUAAGAACAGCAUGGAGGAGAACGACGAUGAAGUCGGCGUCGGAGACAUCGAUGAUAGGGUCCAUCCCGACGAUAUCAAUCGUGGUGGUGGUCGAUACAUCGCGCCAGACGUCCCAAUCCCGUCGCAACCGUCGCCCCAGCGCCAGGCCAUGGAACGGCUGUUCCUGGAGGUGGCCGGCGCUGACGGCGAGGUCGAUUGGGUCGAGCUGAAGCGCAUCCUGGACCACUCAUUCCGUGAUGAUCUGCCCAAGUCGUCGUCGGUGAACGGGUUGAACAAGAGCUACGCGAACCAGCAGAACGCGUCCAACUACGACGAUGGCGGUGGUGGCGGCGGCGGAUUGCUGGCCCAGCUGUGUGGCCUCUUCUGUAAGGACACCCCGUUUGCGGAGGCAUUCGGGGUCAACGAUGGAGGCGCCGCCGGUCCUGGGGGUGAUCCGAGUGCGAACCUGCAGAACCAAAUCGUUCCCGUGCAGCGUGUUGACCAGUCCGGCGAUGGCUUCUCGAAGGACGUGUGCCGCUCGAUGGUGGCCAUGCUGGACGUCGACCAGUCCGGCAAGCUGGGCUUCGAGGAGUUCCAGACGCUCCUCACGGACAUUUCCAAGUGGAAGGCCGUCUUCAAGCUGUACGACCAGGACCAGACGGGUCGGCUGAGCGCGUUCGAGCUGCGUGAAGCGCUCAACUCGGCCGGGUAUCAUUUGAACAACCGGAUCUUGAACGGGCUGGUCCAUCGGUACGGCUCCCGGGAUGGGUCGAUAGCGUUCGAUGACUUUAUUAUGUGUGCGGUGAAGAUCAAGACGAUGAUUGAAAUCUUCCGCGAACGGGACACCGAAGGCACCAACAUGGCCACAUUCAGCAUGGACGAAUGGGUCGAAAAAACGCUUUACUCGUAAAGAAACAAACCGAAAACGCCACAAAAAUUAAUCUCUCCCCAGUUUUGACGUUAUACUAGGCUAAGAAACAAUUAUACAAAAAUCUACUUACUGUUGAUUGGUUUUCACUACAAGGCUCGAAAAUAGAAUUUUUCGAAUAAAUCGCAUUUUCUUCCGCCCAAAGCAAGAAAUAUCUGGCAAACGAUCAACCGUUUUUAAUUCGAACCCCGUAACAAGCGUAUACGUCCUUAAGUUUCAUUGUUAUGCGUCUUACCAAGCUCCGGUGUUUUUAAAUGUUAUUUAUGAAUAUUUAUGUACAGAAGCAAUUUUAUCACAAAACCACAAUUAUAUGCAGAAAGGCCCGUUUGCAAGCAGCAGGACAAAUAUAAUCGAAGGUGUUUGGCCAAAUGUUUAACAAUUUAUCGGUCUUUAAAUUGCAACAAAAUGUGGAAAUUACACAAUACAAAUAAAUGCAUACUCGUGCCUAAAAUCGAAA